GGACCCCUGUCCUGCCAACUGAGCAUAUGAUGCAGCUUCUGUGUUAAUGACGGUUUGUUCUUUAUCUCUGUAUUAAAGCUGAAAUAAAGGGGUUUCUACAUGGAGACCGACAUUCUGGACUCUCUGGAGGAUUUGGGGUAUCAGGGGCCACUGUUAGAUGAUGAAGCUCUGCAGGCGGCUAUCAGCGGCGGUGCUUCGUCUCCCGAGUUCACCAAACUGUGUGCAUGGCUCGUCUCUGAACUCAAACUGUACUGCAGACUGGAGGAGAACGUCCACGCCACCAACUGUCCAAGCGAGGCUGAGGGUUUCCAGUUGGAGAUGAGCGGUUUGCUAACAGAGUUAGCAUGUCCAUACUCCUGUCUUACACGUGGAGAUGUUACACACCGUCUGCUGAAUGCCAACAACUGUCAACUACUGCUCACGUUCCUGAUCUCGGAGCUGGAAGCUGCUCGGAUGUUGUUGGUGAACGCUCCUCAGAGGAAAGCUCAGGAUGUUGGAGGAGGAAGUGGCUGCAGUGAGCACUUCCUGGAGCUGAAGGGCAUCUGUGUGUCUCUGAGCAUGUCCAAGCCUCCCGCUAACAUCACCAUGUUCCAGUUCUUCAGUGGCAUCGAGAAAAAACUGAAGGAGGUGUUAUCUAAAGUUCCUCCUCGUCACGUCGGUGAGCCUCUGAUGACCAAAACCCUCGGUCCUCUUCACUGGGAAAAACUUGAAGUUAUUAACCAGGCUCUUGUGAAUGAGUAUGAGGUGAGGAGGAAGAUGUUGCUGAAGCGUCUGGACGUGACGGUACAGUCCUUCGGCUGGUCGGACAGAGCCAAGAGUCAGACUGAGAAGUUGGCUAAAGUGUACCAGCCCCUGCGCUCAACGCUCGGCGGUAAGAGCCACGUGUCUGUCGCACACCUUCUCGCUGCCCGAGAGGAUUUAUCCAAAAUCCUGCGCACGAGCAGCGGCAAGACCCGAGAAAAAACCUCCUGCGCCAUCAAUAAGGUUCUGAUGGGACGUGUUCCAGAUCGUGGUGGAAGACCAAACGAAAUCGAGCCUCCUCCUCCGGAGAUGCCAGUGUGGCAGAAGCGCCAAGACGGUCCGACAGGGGGUGGCGUAGGGAGAGGGGGAGGAAGGGGUGGCUACGAUCAGCACCAAGGAGGACGAGGAGGGGGUGGAAGAGGGGAAAGAGGGAGUAAAGUACAAGGAGGCUGGUCAGAUGGUGGGAAUCAGGGUCAUUAUCAAGAUGGAGGAAGAGGAGGGUACCGUGGAGGCUACCAGGGUGGGCAAGGAGGGCCAGGAUACACAGCAGGAGGAUAUCAAGGGCAAGGAUACCAAGGUGGAGGGGGGCAUCAAGGGCAAGGAUACCAAAGUGGAGGGUAUCAAGGGGGUAACCAAGGACAGGGGUACUCUGGAGGAGGUUAUCAGGGGGGACAACAAGGACAAGAAGGUGGUAAAAAAGGGCACUACCAAGAUGGAGGGCGACAACAGGAACGAGGAGGUAGAGGGGGGCGUGGAGGGCGGGGACGAGGAGGACGAGGUGGGCAAAGCGGAGGCUGGGGUGGAAGGGGGGGGCAGAAUUUUAACCAAGGAGGGCAGUUUGAGCAGUUCUUCCAGCAUGGUGGGCAACAGUAUAACCAGUCGGGGUUUGGGCAGGGGUUUUACUCCAGCUGAGACUUAGAACAGGAAUUGCUUUAAAAUCUUAUAAAGAUAGCCAACUUUGAUGUAUUUGGAAAAUGAGAUCAAUUACAAAGAAACAGCAGCGGUUGCUUUUCUUGUUCGUCUGCUGACAGACACAAGCUUAGCUUAGCUAAGUCUAAUAUACUUUAAGACCUUUGGGAUGCGUAAGACUGACAGUAUAACGGUUAUUUUUUGUUUUCAAAAAGCCUUAACUUGAAGUGUUUACCACAAGAAUCAUUGAUGUUUGUGUUAUUUAUUGCAGCACUUGACGGUUGAUUUUCUUUGAGCCUUUUCAGCACACUAUAACUCUACAUUGUAGUGUUUUUCCUUUCGUUUCAAACACCUGUUUACAAAAAAUGGAUGACGAGGGAGGGAGAUGUUUCAUCACCUAAUGCAUGAGUGUUAACUUUAAGCUUUGAGUGGAAGAAAAGAGGUUUUCGUUGAAGAAUUCCCAUUGCGGUUUGUUUGAGGAAUUCAUUUUGUAAGUGUGUUUUGAGUGUGUGUGCGAAGACUGACAGCAAUAAAGCAAAGUAUGGUGUG